AUGGUUUUUUUCCAAUUCUUGGUUGUGGUUGCAUCUGUAUGUAACGUGUUCGGUCAAAGACCUUACUUCGCCGGUUCUCGACCAAUUGGAUACCCAGAACUUGAAAACAAAACGACUACACCUGCUGAUGAAAUUGGAAAUCGAAUUGGCGAUGGAACCACACAAAGGCUGCCCGUAGAGGCCCUUGGCGACAGGGACCUAGUUGACAGACUCAGCAAGCUGCCGUUAGACAAGCAACCGUUCUGGUUCAUAAAUUGGCAAGUAAUAGAAGCCAAUAGACAGAAACCACAAACGUUUCCCUUGAGACCGAACCCAUUUGCGCAACCACCAACCAACGGUUUCGGAAAUCCUGUGAUAAGCAGUGCUAAUACGGGAGUAACAGAUGUGAAUUCUGGAACAAGUACUGACUUUGGUAACCGAAGUGGUGAUGCUAAUAUAAAUAACAGCGAAGUGAAAACGAACGGCUCCAGUGUAUUCACACCACAGUCACCAGUAACUAAGCCCAACUAUGAGAGUACCAUAAAACACUUUUUGCCUACAUCAAUAAGUGGAACGACAGGAUCAAAAAGAUUUGGCGACGGAACCACACAAAGGCUGCCCAUAGAGGCCCUUGGCGAUUGGGAGCUAGUUGACAGACUCAGCAAGCUGCCACUGGAUCAGCAACCGUUCUGGUACAUAAAUUGGCAAUCAAUGGAAGCCAACAGACAGAAACCUCAAACGAUUCCCUUAAGACCAAACCCAUUUGUGCAACCACCCACUAACGGAUUCGGAAAUCCUGUAAUAAGCAAUGCUAAUACAGGAGCAACGGAUGUGAAUUCUGGGACGAAUACUGAACUUGUUCAUUCCGUCAUGGCUUUUAUUCAAUUCUUGGUGGUGGUUGCAUCUGCAUGUAUCGUGUUCGGUCAGCGACCUUCCUUUGCCGGUUCUCGACCAAUUGGAUACCCAGAAUUAGAAAACAAAACGACUCCACCUGCUGAUGAACUUGGAAAUCGAUUUGGCGAAGGAACCACGCAAAGGCUUCCCGUAGAGGCCCUUGGCGACAGGGACCUAGUUGACAGACUCAGCAAGCUGCCGUUAGACAAGCAACCGUUCUGGUUCAUAAAUUGGCAAGCAAUAGAAGCCCACAGGCAGAAACCUCAAACGUUUCCCUUGAGACCGAACCCAUUUGCGCAACCACCCACCAACGGAUUCGGAAAUCCUGUAAUAAGCAAUGCCAAUACGGGAGCAACGAAUGUGAAUUCUGGGACGAGUACCGACUUUGGUAACCGAAGUGGUGAUGCUAGUAUAAAUAGCAGUACAGUGAAAAUGAACAGCUCCAGUGUAUUCACACCACAAUCACCAGUAACUAAGCCCAACUAUAAGAGUAAUAUAAAACACUUCUUGCAUACAUCAAUGAAUGGAACUACAGAAUCAGGAAGGACUUUUAUUCGUCAGUAUUGA